AUGGAUAUUGAUCUGAUUAAUGAUUUAAUGCAAUUGCAACAACAAGAUGAUAGCGAUCCAGAGCGUUCUAAACUUGAAAGAAACGAUGAUGAUCCUGAUGAUGAAAAUAAUGCAUCGAUCAAUGAUAAUGUAGAUAAUCUGAUGAAAAAGGCAAACGAAACAGCAAAAAAAAAAGUUGUUCGUCGUCCGAGACCAAAAUUAGAUGUAGACAGAUUAGUCGGUCCAAAGGGACUUGAAAAUUUAUGUGAUUUGUUUAAGAAUGAAACGUUCAAAGGCAAAGGAUAUGAAGCAAGUCUUGUACUUUUUGUCGUUUCUGGUGAAAUUUAUGAAUAUUGGGCCCAUCGACUUGUACCACAUAUGGCAUUUGAUGAUUUCAUUGAAAAAGCUGAGAAGCUGGGCAAUAAGAAACCGAUAAAAGUAAUUAUGACAUAG